GGUCUCUUUCACCCUCACACGCUCCUCCACAAGCUUGGGCUCCUAGGGCUUGGCGCCUGUCCCUCCUCGGGACCCCCUCACCCCUCUGUCUCUCUUUCUCUCUUUCUGCGGUCUCUUCUUCUCCAGCAGUCACCAUUUCGGCUCCCGGCAGACCCACGCUGGCUGCCCAGCCACUCCCGCGCCUCAGCCUGGGCAGGAAGACCCUGGUGGCGGCUGCUGUAGGGGUCAUGCUGGUGCUGGUGCUGGUGGUGCUUAUCCCCGUGCUGGUCAGCUCCGUGAGCAAUGACAACAGCCACUACGAGAUGCUGGGCACCUGUCGAAUGGUGUGCGAUCCAUACCAGAACAAGGGCACCACCACGGGCAUCGCCAGCACCGGCUCUUCUGUACAGGCCGAGGCCGAGGCUCUGGCCGACCACAGCAACAUGCCUCCACCCUCUACGCUCCUCCAGGGGCCACCGGGGAAGCCGGGCCGACCAGGCAAACCCGGACCUCCGGGGCCUCCAGGGGAGCCAGGGCCCCCGGGUCCAAUGGGGCCCCCGGGGGACCGGGGGGACAGGGGCCGAAACGGGGUUUUGAGUCUGGGCAAUGAUGGAGCUAUCAGCACAGUUACAUACAACACGCAUCCACGGGUGGCUUUCUACGCUGGACUCAAAAACCCACACGAGGGCUAUGAGAUCCUCAAGUUCGACGAUGUGGUCACCAACCUCGGCAACAACUAUGAUGGCACUUCGGGCAAGUUCAUCUGCAGCGUGCCGGGCACAUACUUCUUUAUCUACCACGUUUUGAUGAGGGGAGGCGACGGAACCAGCAUGUGGGCUGACCUGUGCAAGAACGGACAGGUGCGAGCCAGCGCGAUCGCUCAAGAUGCUGAUCAGAACUAUGACUACGCCUCGAACAGUGUGAUCCUGCAUCUAGACGCUGGCGAUGAAGUCUACAUCAAACUGGAUGGUGGCAAAGCCCACGGGGGCAACAACAACAAAUACAGCACGUUCUCUGGCUUCAUUCUGUACGCUGACUGAAUAUGUGAGCACAGAGGAAAAAGAGUAGGGGAAAGAAAGAGGAAAAGCGAAAGGAAAAGGAGCAUUCAUCAACCCAGCGCUUUAUUUUUUAUCAGGAUCUCACCGUUGCUUCAGCACUUCUACUUCAGACUGUGGAACAAGGGUUCAGUAGCUUCUCUUUGAACCACCUCACAGAUUGAUAUAAAACAAGGAAAUAAAGUGAUAAAUAGGACAUUAUUUCUCUUUCAGUUUUGAAAGGGGGUUUCAUUUAAGACUCCAAGAGUGACUUGCAGAGAUCUUUAACCUCAUCAUGGUGUGCUUCUCCUCAGUAAAACUUUCUUGACCAACAAAUAUCUAAUGUUAAACUAUCCCUGUUGAAAAUAAAGUGUUUCUUUGAAAGGAUAUAUGAUGACAAGUUCUGUAUUCAUAGAAUUAUAACGCUGGUGUCCGAUUUCUCCUCACCUCUCCAUUGGACACAGCGCCCCCUGUUGGCUAUUGUUGGUAACUGGUUUUCAUCUGCAUUCUUUCCAUACGUGUUGUUCUCUGUUGGGACUGCAGUAGCCAAUGAGCAUUGUGAAUGAACGUUUUAGUUUUUUUUUUCCCUCAAAGGCACUUGAUACUCAGUUUAGACAAUUAAUACUCUGCUGCUAUUCCCUCCUCCCAUGAUCCUUUUCCUCCCCGUCAAUUAGCACUCGACCCGAAACUCCCUCCUCUCGGUCUCCUCCUGCCCCUGCCAGUGACUGCAGAUGAGUUUGUACCAGUCUGUUCUCUUUCAUAUAAUCAUAAAUGACUGUAUAUGAUGGCUUAAAGGAUGUUUAUGUGUAUGCUUUAGUAUUUGUUAAUGUGGUGUGGGGAAUGAAUGCAGAGCCUGAAUGUGACAGAUGAAAGAAAUCAUCAUAAAGGAUUAUUUUUCUGAAGCUAAUUAAACAACAAAUGUGAAGACAAAAUGUGAAGAAUAGCAUUUAGAAAAGAAAAGGGUGGUGUUUUAAAUUAUAAAAACUUCAUUAAUACUGCUUUAUAGGGAUUAUUCAGAAUAUGUCUACUUCCAUACCAUAUACAGUAGGCGUACAUGUGUGUAGUAUGUCUGAAAUCACAGUAUGCAUGAAAGUGCACAUCCACUGGACACUUUUGACAAGGCAGAUGUAUUUUUUCAUACUACACACGUUCAGUACAAUAUCCACCUUUUUCCUGAGCACAGAAAUUCAUCCUGCUUCUUAUUUCCAGUCAAAUUAUUUCCAGUCAAAUUUUUAUACAAUAUUGAUUGCUUUCUAUACACUCUAAGAAAUAAAGGUACAAAAUCGGUCAAUGUGGUUGUACCUUUUCAAAAGGUAAAUUUUCGUUCCUAACAUGUCCUUAAAGCUACAUAUUAAUACCUAAAAAUUACAAACGUGUACCUCACAGUACCUUAAAAGUACAAAAGUAAACCUGAAAGGUACAAAACUGCACUGUAAAACCCAACGGUCAACUUUAUCAAAUGAAAUGAGUGUAGUUAACUCAAAAUUUACAGAAAGUUAAUUCUACUCAUUUGAAUAGAGUUUUGAACUCGGUGUUGAAGCUAAUGAGUUAAUUAAAUAUCUCGUUACUUCAACUUAAAUGGAGUAAGUUCACAGCAUUCAUUAAGAAUAGUUUUUUAACUCAAAUGAUUUGUAGCAAUCGGUUUCCUCAAACGGUUUGAGUUGCCUUAACUUCUUGGGUAUUACAGUACUCAGUUGGUUUGAGUUCUCUUCAUUUAUUGGGUUUUACUGAGCUAUAAUUGCUUCAUGUCUUCAAAUGAAUUAAGUUCACUGUACUCAUUAGGAUUAGUUUUUGAACUUAAAUGGUUUGUUGCAAUCGUUUCCUCAAACGGUUUGAGUUACAGUACCUUAACUAUUUGGGGUUUACAGUGUGUACUCUAAAGGUACUAAUGUCCACCUGUAUGGUACCACCUUAAAAAGGUACCACCCCAGUGACAAAUAAAACCAAUAAUGAACCUAUAAUGAAAAUAAUGUUUUUUUCACUUAACAGUAUUGCACUGACCAUUUCUCAAUGCAUCAAAGUUUAAUCAAUGAGUAAAUGACAAAAAACUGCUCUGAGGUUUCGAGAAUGAAAAUAGAUGAACGAUUUUAUUCUACAUCAAACUCAGGGUGAAAUCUUUUGUUGUGAAAAGUAUUAAAGCACACUUAUACCUCUUUAGUUUAAUAUAUUAUAGUAGCGCUCAAAUCAAGUUCUCAAUUUUAUUUCGGUUUAUUUUUUAACAUAUUCCGUGCUCAGCAUAUACAAGUAAACCCCUCAAAAAUCUAUCUUGUAAAUUCAUAUUUUUAAUAGGAAGCUAUAAUAUUAUAUUUGUACAUACUGUAUACAUUAGAUUAGUCAGUACUGAAGCCAAAUCUGGAGCUUAUCUAAGAAAAUAACUAACGAUAACGGUCCAAAAAUGAAUACACCCAAAUUUAUAUGUUAUUGAAAAAUAUUAAAUACAAAUUUUAAAGAGGAAAAAUCAAGAGAAGCAAAAGAAUUAUUUGAAUUUUUGUGGUUUGUAUUUUUCAUUUCUUGCAAUAUUUUACUUGAGCUUAAUUGUAUUAUUUUUAAAUUUCCAAAUAUGUUUGGUGACUAAAAUAUUAUUUUAAUAAAUAUAUCUGUUUAAUAAAUCUGUUUUAUUUAAAUGCACCAAAGUACAUUGCCUAUAUUCACUGAGAAAUGGAGAAAAAUAGUCAUUUUCAAAAUGUGAUGUACUCAAUUAUGCUGAGCACUGUAGUUCUAUAGAGACCAGCAUUCAAAUAAAAGUUAGAAUCUAUCACCUUUCAUCGGUUACAAAGGAAAAAGGUGGACAUUACACUUUUUUAAAUGUCAAAUCUACUAUACAGCAUGCAAUUUCAGAUAAAGCAGAUAUAACCUAAACACUAAUCCUGAAAUUCAGACGUCAAAUGGGUUUUUAUAAAAUAAAAAAUAAAUAAAAAACAGUUUUUGAAGAGGCGUGGAGACGCAUAUUUGAGGUGCUCUUGAGGUUCUUCACUUGCCAAUCAAUCAUUCCCAAUAAUAACAAAUGCAACUACAUGCAGAGAGAAUAUUAACGCAGCAGCAAUUUAUUCCCGGUGGGAUGAAUGAAUGUGCGCAAAUGAGGUUUAUUUGUAAGCGUGCAUGUGCAUUUGUGUGUGUGUGUGGCUGGGUGUGUGUAUGUGUGUGUCAGUACCAACACCAGAGCAUGAACUAUAUUUUGUCUUUGCCACAUCAUUAUUGGUUUGAGAAAUGUUCAUGCUUUAGCAGGUCAAAGAUGUGAUAUAGAGCCAAUGAGAUUGCAUCAGACACGUUUAGCUAAGCCUCUACAGAGAAGAUAUAAAAGAAACAAUAAAGCUGUAAAUUAAAUGAAUCUAUGCUAUGUUUGUCAGUCCUACUCUAUCUUUUGAAAAUGUUGAAUAAAUUUAAAUAACA